UUAAAAGAGAAAAAAAAAGAAGAAGGGCAGAGUAAAACCGUGCAGGCAGGCCCUGAAACGAACUUCGACGCUUUCUCUCGUCUUUCAAACCAAUCCGUUGAACGUAAGCUUUCAUCAUCAUCAUCGUCACUUUGAUUUCCCCCAACAUCACAGAUCCUUUGUUUUCUCCUUCAUCUCUCCCUUCUUCUUCGUUUUCAUCGCAGCCUCUCCGAUCUGCCUCCCCUUUGUUUGAUUCUCUCAAUAUCUAGGGUUUCCCGAGGAGGUCCCCCCUCCGUUAUUAUAAUCCCCUUUGGUUCCAAGAGGUGUUAUCGGAUCUUGUAGUCGCUUUAUAAUGACCUCCAGCACCACAGGAGAUCGAAGAUGGGGUGCUACAAGAAGAAGUGGCAUGACUAUAUUGGGAAAGGUUGCUGUUCCAAAACCGAUUAAUUUACCAAGCCAAAGGUUAGAGAACCAAGGCCUUGACCCUAACGUGGAAAUUGUUCCAAAGGGAACCCUUAGUUGGGGCAGUAAAUCAUCACUGAAUGCUUGGGGGACAUCAUCGUUGUCACCACGAACUGAAAGUGGCCCUGGUUCACCAAGCCACCUCAGUAAUCGACCUUCUUCUGGUGGAAGUGUCACUCGACCUUCAACUGCUGAUAGUAACAAAGCACAUGACUCUUCUUCUUCAGUUGCAUGGGAUUCAAACUCUCGGCCUUCAUCAGCAUCUGGGGUGUAUCCAUCUAAUCAGGCGUCAGUUGCACUACAACGUCCACAUAGUGCAGACACAAGACCAGGAAGUUCCCAGUUAUCCCGAUUUGCUGAACACGUGUCAGAGACUUCUGAAACAUGGGGUCAACAUGUGCCGGGAGAGAAGUUGGUAUGGUUCUUUUAUUUUAUCCUUUUUUUGUAUCCUUACAUCUCUAAUGAACGGAUUGGAGAUGCCAAUUCCUGGAGAAGAGAUGAUCAACCAUACAGUGAAGAUGCAUAUAGACAUUGUAGAGAAGAAGGGCAAUUGGACUCCCGUGGUCCACAAUCUUAUCCUAAUGCUAAUUUUCCUCAUCAGUAUGAUGCUUGGCGUGGUCCUCCAGUAAAUAAUCAUCAAGGUGGUGGCUGGUACAGAGGGAACCACCCAUAUGGUGCCCCAAUGGGUCCUGGGGGUUUUCACAUGGACCCUUUUCCAUUUUAUCCUACACAAGUUCCACCUGCUCCUGGGCAUGUGGCUGGUCCUAGGGGUAAUCACUCUAGUAAUGAAAGGAUGUUCAGACCUCCAAUGCUUGAUUCUUAUGUACACCCAAGGAUGCAGUCUAGGCCUGGGUUUUAUGUUGGUCCAGCGCCACCCGAAGGCUACUAUGGUCCUCCCAGGGGGUAUGGCAAUCCCAGCAACAGAGACCUGCCUUUUGCAGGUAGGCCUGCUGGUCCGCAUACUUAUAGCAAUCAUUCUGGUCAAAGUGGAUAUGAUAUGCCUGGAAGCGAGCCACCACAUUCGCAAGAAACACAUAGGCCAUACAACGAGCCAUCACAUUCUCAACAAACACAAAGGCCAUACAACGAGCCAUCACAUUCUCAGGAAACACAUAGGCCAUACAAGGUUCUCUUAAAGCACCAAGAUGGGAGGUUGGGGGAAGAUAAAGCAAAGCGGGAAGAAUUUCUAGGAAAUAGGCUCCCGAAUGCAGAGAAGGUAACUCAACAGCUGCAAACUUCAAGAAACGAGAGGAUAGAAAACAGAAAUGAGGCAAGUGGUGAAGUACAACCAGCUAAGGCAGAACUUUCUGCUUCCGGAGAUUCCAGUUUGAUUCAGAAAAUCGAGGGCUUAAAUGCUAAAACUAGAACUAAUGAUGGUUGGCAAAAUGCAUCAUUUGUCGUCAAUAGAGAUGAUCAGGAAAGCAAACCACGUACAGUCAAUUCUGGGAACGCCGUAAAUAAAGUUUCAGCAAAAAAUCCUCGAACUGGUCAUGCCAGUGAUAGUAAGAACUCAUUACACUCUAAUCAAGGUGAUCCCGCCACAAGCAAAAAUGCUGAGCUGGCAGCUACGAGUGGAAAUGCCGUAUCCAGGAGAUCUACUCAACAGACUCAAGGCAGAGCAGACCCCCAGACCAAACGAAUAGUGAACAGUGAAGGCAAUGAUGGUUGGCAGAAGACAACUGUAAUGUCAGGCUCCUCCCGUGGAACUUUAGCUACAAACUCAGAAAGCAUUCGCGAGGUUAAUGUAGAUGACUCUUCAAAUACCGAUUCCAUCAGGAGGCCUGGGUCUGGAAUAUUAGCAGACCCAAACGAUAACCAGCGUUCUACGAUGAGAGAGUUAGCCAGGCAGCGAGCUCAACAGAGGCAGAAAGAGGAGGAAGAAAGAGCAAGAGAUCAGCGGGCUAAGGCUCUUGCAAAACUAGAAGAGUUGAAUAGACGUUCCCAAGUAUCUGAGGAGGGUUCAGUCAAGGACAUGGAAGCUACAUCUAAUGCUUCUCUUUCUGACAUGCCAAAAGACCCUGGGUCUCAUUCACCAGACACUGUUACAGCUGCAAAUUCCGUAGAACCUACUUUAGGAUCAGGAAAAAACAUGAGGGCUUCAACAGAAUAUGCACAUAAUGUGGGCCCUACCCAACAGGAUAAUCUUCCACGUGAUCGUGAUGGCACUGCCUUAAAACAAAAGCGUUUGGGUUAUAAGCAGGUAUUUGAGAAAAAAACGGCAGGAAGCUCUGUUGCUACUACAGAGGUGUUCGAUGUUGUUCCAUCUCCUCAGGUUGUUAAUGAAGGUGUCUCAAGCCAUAUCUCAGACAUGCCAGCAACGUCAAGCGUUUCAACUGAGUCAACUUUCACGAAAAGAAAAAAUAACAGGAAUGGUAAGAAAAAGCACAAGGCUGAGGAGACAACCAUGUUGAAUACGACAAGAGCUGCCAUUGGAAAAGAAAAAAAAUCGGGAGAUGAGUCAACUGAGGCUGGUAAGGCAAGGGCAGUUGAAAUGGACUUGGGGUCUGUUUCAGUUCCAAGCUUGGAUAUCAAAGUGUCUGGUGAUUCGUCUGAACAAAUCAGUUCCUUCACUAAUGAAGAGUCUCAAAACAGAGCAAAAAACAACUGGAAAUCUCAACAUGUGCGUAGGACUCAAAGAAACUCACUGGUAAAAAAGCCUGCAGAGAAAUUUCCUGGUAACAAUGCUGUUAUGUGGGCUCCGGUACAUCCACAGCAGAAAGCUGAUGUUUCAACAGGUGUAGGGAGUCAGAACACUCUCCCUGAAUUUGGCACCUCUUCGAAGAGUCAGCAUCAAGGGCAGACUAGCUCUAAAAGUAAAAGAGUGGAGAUUGAAAGAUAUGUAGCGAAGCCCAUAGUAAAGGAAAUGGCUGAGCAUAACGUCAGUAAAAGUCUAGUAACAGCGGCUGCUCCAGAUAUGUCGGAGAAUGUAAACCAGAAAGAAAAUCGUGGAGGUGAAGGUACAGGAAUUCUCCAACCUUCUGGUUCAACUGCAGGCAAAUCUAGGUCUCCUUCAAAGUCAAGACACGGGAAUGGUAGGCAGGGAAAGCAUGGUAGAGAACAUGGAUCAUGGCACCAGAGAGGUUCUGGAGCACCUAGUAAAGCUUUGGAGGAUGGACAAUUUGUAAACUCAAAUCAGCCCAUCCAAGGAACAGUGAACUAUCACUCUAGUAAUCAAACCGAAAAAAUUUCUUCUAAGGAUCAAACCACAUGUAAUGAUGAUGGAUGGAACGAUGGCUGGUAUAUGACUCCUGAAACGCAUUACUCUGCUGCUGAAGAAGUGGAAGCAAGUGCUGUUGGAAGAGAUCAAGGAAUGGGCAUUCACGGCAAGCAGCAUGCUUCCAGAAGCAACAAAGAUGGAGGAAGUAACUAUGGUGACCCUAAAAAAGCCAAUAAGAAGGAUUUCAAUAAAGCUCAUAUGCAGAACUCUGGCCAGGGGUUUAGUCAACCAGAUCUUCCCGUUGCUUCAAAAGAAAGCCGUGGCCCUGGAGAUCAAGUGUGGCAUACAGCUAAUAGGACAGGUAAGUAUGGAGGUCGUGAAAGUACGAGGGAGAAAACUUAUGGAUCUCAGAAAAAAGAUGUUGCUGGAUACGAGCAUCAAGGGGUUUCUACAGAACAGAAAAUGACACCAGCUGAUACACAACAAGCCCAGUCGCAAAACCGAUCUACGAAUAAGGAUGUCCAGGUUGAGCAUAAUCCGAAUAGUAUGUUCCAAAAGAACACAGGGCAGGGUCGACGAUUUGGAAGAGGGCAUGAGUCACAAGGAGGCUGGGGUUUAGCCGCGCAAGAGAAUAUGCCUCAUCACCAUCAGAGGCCAACUUCAAACAGAGAUAGACAGAAGCAAAAUGUGCAUUAUGAAUACAAACCUGUUGGGUCUCAUACUUAUGAUGGAGAACGUAAUCGAGAACAACAACCCAAAGAUACAGAAGGCCCAAGAUACAGGGAGAAGGGACAGGGGCAGCAAAGGCAUGGUGGAUACCAACAGCAGAGGGGUACGAGUGGGAGAAACACUGGUCAUGGAUUCACAGGUGAGAGAAACUAAGAUUGGCCUCUUGUGUUAAUUAGGGUAGUAAGAGCUGCGAUGCUGAGGAUAAUUGCAUUUUGUGAGAUAUGGCGAUUUGAGGAAGCUGUUUCGUAGGCACAUAAGCUUGUGGGAUUGCUGAGAGGAGACGUAUCCGAGGAGGCAUUGGCAGAAUCAGAUAACAAAAGUAUUUGCUCAUGAGGGUUUAUCAUAUAUAUUUUGAGUCACUAGUAUGAAUAUGCAUAAUUUACUGUAGUCUUUUUAUGUAUACAAUUGAUGGGCAAUUGGACUGACCUUGUUUCGUUUAAGCCGUUGCUUCUAUUGCUGGGUUUUCCUAUGUUCUGAGAGUACGGGAGUCAUCUUACAUGACGUCCUAGGCUACUUUGAUUCCAAUUUUUUUUGUUUAACGUUGAGACUGAAGUUAUGUAUGCCAUCAUCCCAACUUGUUUGGUA